UAUUCUACGUUUCGAUUUCGAAUUCCGGUUCCGACGAGACGUCAACGCUAAAUUUAUCCGAUUUUUAGUAUUUUUGCUAAUUAAUUUCCGUCAAAGAAUAAUAUCUACAUUCAAGCACAUACCCUGUGAUCACAGAAAAAAGAUUGCAAUACAUAAAUUCAAUCAUGCCACGCGGUAAGUUCACGAACCACAAGGGCCGUAACCGCAAGUUCACGAGCCCAGAAGAGCUAGAAGAACAGCGCAAACAAGAAGAACAGAAGCAAAAAUGGAGAAAAGAACAUGGCAAGGAAAGUUCAAGUGAAGAAGAGUCGGAGGAAGAAAAAUCCGGUUCCGGAAGCGAAGACGAGAGUGACUCAGAUGAUGAUAGACCAUCCAAAGUCAAGGGUGUAUCAGGCCUCAUUGAAGUAGAAAAUCCAAACCGUGUAGUGAAGAAAAACAAGAAAUUGAACAAUUUGGACAAUUUAGGCGAAGGAGAGAAACCUCAAUUAUCAAGGCGUGAACGAGAAGAAAUAGAAAAGCAACGUGCUGCGGCGGCGUAUCAAAAGUUGCAUGCAGAAGGCAAGACCGAGCAAGCGCGAGCUGACCUCGCGCGACUGGCUAUCAUCCGCCAACAACGAGAGGAGGCUGCCAAACGCAGGGAGGCUGAGAAAAAGGCUAAGGAAGAAACACCCAAGAAAAGGUAGAUUAAUGAGGUGACGAGGUGCCGUUUCGCCGUUUCGCUCAUAAUCUCAGGCUAGGUGGCUUUCCGAAUCACUCCUACUGAACAUUGUGAUCUUUUAUAUCUUAUACAAAUUUUUGCAUAUGGAAUUGUCCGUUCAUGUAUAAUGCAUAAUAUGUUUCUCCAUCUAUGAUUUUGCGAAGCUUCCCUAGCUGUGACAUACUUUUGUUUGAAAUCCCAUUGUUUCUUCAUUUGACUGAAAGAGAGCUUGGUUCCGCCAAGUCUGGUCACCCAAUCUUUAGUCAAAAUUUAAAGUUACAAACUGAAAAUUAAGUGUGUUACGCCAAUAUGGUGGCUAACUUGUAGUCUUGUUGUUUUUAUAUAUCUAGGUAAAUUAAAUGUUAUAUUUACAAGAUGUGAGCAGCAUUAAUUUUAAAUGAAAUGGUUUAUAAGUGUCUACAUUAUGAAUAAAGGGGAAAACACUGCAUCAGAUGCAGUAAAUGUGGUGUUUUAUUGAUCAGUUUCUGGCAUGUAUGCAUGCAAUUGUAAACAUAUUGAUAUUUCCUAUGCAUGCCACCCGAAUGUAGACAUUUAUUUUUAGUAAUCAUGUAUAAUUAUGCCAUAAAUACUUAAUUCCGUCAAUGUUAUUUAAUUUAACAGCAAUAUUGAUAUAUGAUUCCGUAAACAAAAUAAUGUCGUAAACUAUGAAUGUAUAAAUUUAAAUACUUAUAUAACUUAUAAUACUUAAUGAAAUAUUGUAAUAAUGAAAGGUUCAAUGUCAUCAAAGUUAUUUUUAAUUCCACCGGAGGAUGAAAUGCUUUAUGAAAUUUUCAUUGGUAUUGGACUAGUCUUUGUAACUGCGCCAACUCCCCAAUGAUAGAAUUUUAUCUAGAUAAUAUUUACGAACCACAUAAACAAUGAUGAUUUCAUAAAGCAUUGUAAUUGUAUGAAUUUGCUUAGGACUAAUUGUUAGAUAGUCUCACUAGACAAUUUUUAUAAAAGCAAAUGUGUAUCUAUAUAAUAAAAAUUGAAAAUGACUCUUU